AUGAAAUACAAGAUCUUAAUUCUAUGUGUUAUUCUUGGAACAAUUUCUCUCAUUGAAGCAAAGAAACAUUUAUGCAAAUGCACCUUUUAUAAUAAUGAAAUAUCUUAUUUAAAAGUUAAUUCUCUAUUAGAGUGCAAAUAUGAUUGCUAUCAAAUGGCAGACAAUUUACAAAUAAACAUUACAUGUAAUACCGGAAGUUGUUCAUGUGAUUGUCCUAACGGUGAAGUGUUACCUUGUUCUACAAAUACUACCACAUCUACCACUCAAACAACUGGAGGUCAUCACCAUUCAUCGCACACUGGUGGCAGUCAUUCGGGUGGAGGUCAUUCUGCUGGAACAGGAAAGUCUACUUCAUCUGGUAGUGGUACAUUUACAAGUGGUUCAGGAACAACCUCAGCCUCUGCAAGUGCUGCAUCAUCAGGAUCAGGCUCUGCUUCUGCUUCUGCCUCAGCAUCUGCUGCUACAUCUGCUGCUGCCUCAGCUGCAACAUCUGGUGCAGGAUCUAGUGGUGGUGGUUCAGGAGGUGGCUCAGGAGGUGGUUCAGGAGGUGGCUCAAGCGGUGGCUCUGGUGGUGGUAUAUCUGGAUCAGGAGGUAGUGGUGGUCCAGGUGGUAGUGGUGAUAGUGGUGCUGGUACUGGUGGUGGUGGAAGUGGAGGUGGUAGUGGUGGAGGUGGAAGUGGAGUCCUCUAUGAUUAUUCUCUAUGUGGAAAUGCUUGCCAAUGCCAACAAACACUUGUUGAUUUCAAAUUGAUCGAUUUGAAAUGA